AUGACAAUUGAUGUUGAUUUGGAUCUGUCUGCGUAUUCCAAUGCAAGGAGGUACUACGAACAGAAAAGAAAUGCUGCCAAAAAGCAACAGAAAACCAUUGAGUCUCAUAGCAAGGCCCUGAAGUCUGCUGAGAGGAAAACAAAACAAACUCUUAAGGAAGUUCAAGCAAUGGUAAACAUCAGUAAAGCACGAAAAGUGUAUUGGUUUGAAAAAUUCCACUGGUUUAUUAGCUCCGAGAACUAUUUGGUCAUUGGAGGUCGUGAUCCAAAGCAGAAUGAACUGAUUGCGAAACGUUAUAUGAGACAAGGUGACAUAUAUGUUCAUGCAGAUGUGCAGGGAGCAAGUAGUAUUGUUAUCAAAAAUCCAUCUGGGCAGCCAGUGCCCCCGAAAACCCUCAAUGAGGCUGGCAUCAUGGCAAUGUGCUACAGUGUAGCAUGGGAUGCAAAGGUUGUGACCAGUGCUUGGUGGGUACAUAGUGACCAAGUUUCUAAAACAGCACCAACUGGAGAAUAUCUGACGACUGGAGCCUUCAUGAUACGUGGAAAGAAGAACUUCUUGCCACCUUCCCAUCUUGUCAUGGGCUUUAGCUUCCUUUUUAAACUUGAAGACGAUUCCAUACAACGGCAUAAAGAUGAAAGCAAAGUCCGAAAUGUUGAAGACGAUGCUAUAUCAGCAGUAACAGAUAUCUCAGCAGAGCAGGACCAAGAGAUAGAACUGGUUGACAGCGAUGAUGAAGGAGAUGGAGACAAUUCUCAUGAGAAACAUGAUGAAGCAGUUUCCCAGGAAAACAAUGAAGAUGCAGAAGAUGUACAGGCUGAUGAAACUACAAAAGAGAUUGAAGCUGUUGAAGCAGCCAAAGGAGAUAUGAAUGAUAGUGAUGCACCAAAUGAGGAAGAUAAUGCAGAGGGGCAACCAAUGUUUCCUGAUGUGGAACUCAAAAUUGAGCAUAGUCUUAACAGAUUGAGUCUUCAUGUAGUAAAUAAACCCCAGAAUGGUGUAAAUGAUACGGAUGAUCAGAAAAUGGCUAGCAGGCAUCAAAACAGAAAGCAGAAACCAACACAACAGAAAAAUGAAGUUGCUGAAGAUUCUGACUCAAAAUCUGGUAACAAGUCUCAGCAACAGUUGAAACGAGGACAGAGAGCAAAACUAAAGAAAAUUAAAGAAAAGUAUAAGGAUCAAGAUGAAGAAGAAAGAAAGCUACGCAUGGAAAUUUUGCAAUCAGCGGGCUCUCCAAAGGACAGCAAAAAGGGUAAAAAAUCUGCAAAGGAUGCUAAAGGAAAGAAUCAGAAAAGUAAAGGCACUAAUGGAGUUGUAGCUUCUGCUGAACGGCAGCAAGCCGAACAGAAGAGUCGGCCGCGCCCGGCACCAAAGCCUAGCAAUCAGGAGCAUGGUGGGGAUGAAUCUGAUGGUGGAGGUGGAGGUGCAGCGGAAGAAGUGGAAGUGACGGCGGCAGCUGAAGUGGACAUGUUGGAUUCUCUCACUGGUUUCCCCCUUCCAGAAGAUGAACUACUAUUUGCAGUACCUGUUGUAGCGCCGUACACUACACUACUUAACUACAAGUUCAAAGUAAAAAUAACACCAGGAACAGGCAAGAGAGGAAAGGCUGCCAAAACUGCGCUCAACGUGUUUCUCAAAGAUCAUACCACAACUGGAAGAGAGAAGGACUUAAUAAAAAGUGUUAAGGAUGAAGACCUGUCCAGGAACAUACCAGGAAAAGUUAAGAUUUCAGCACCACAGUUGCAAAAACUGCGUAAAUGAUAUUUUGUGAACUCUUUUCUGUAUGUACAUUGUACACGAUCAUAUAGGAGAAAAUUCUGAUUUUACAUGUUAGAAUUGUACAAGGAAAAUGAGACUAUGACACUAAAAUUGUUGUGCGUACUGUUGGAGAGGAAUAAUGUCUUUCAUCAGGUAUAAGUUUUGGAAAACUUGAGCUUAUAUAUAUAUGCUGUGCUUC